AUGGAGCCCAAGAAGGACUACAGCACGGCGAUCCUGGAACGCAAGAAGGCGCCGAACCGGCUGGUGGUGGACGACGCCGAGGGCGGGGUCGCCGUCGACAGCUCGACGGUGGCGCUGAGCCCCGGCACCAUGGACGCGCUCGACCUCUUCAACGGCGACGUGGUGGCGCUCCGCGGCAAGCGCCGCCGCGAGACCGUCUGCUACGCCGCCAAGGACGCGUCGUGCCCCGACGGCCUGGCGCGCGUCAACCGCGUCGUCCGCGGCAACCUGCGCCUCCGCCUUGGCGACCUCGUCACCGUCGUCCCCUGCCCCGGCGUCAAGGACGCCGCCCGCGUCGCCAUCUCCCCCUUCGAGGACUCCGUCGACGGCAUCAGCGGCAACCUCUUCGACGCCUACGUCAAGCCCUACUUCAUUGGCGCGCGGCGGCCGGUGCGCAAGGGCGACCGGUUCGUGGUGCACGGCCACAUGCACGCCGUGGAGUUCAAGGUGGUCGACACGGACCCCGACGAGUGCGUCAUCGUGGCGGCCGGCACGCAGGUCUUCUGCGACGACGCCAGCCCGGUCAAGCGGGAGGACGAGGAGAAGCUCGACGGCCCGGGCUACGACGACGUCGGCGGCGUCCGGAAGCAGCUCGCGCAGAUCCGGGAGCUGGUCGAGCUGCCGCUGCGCCACCCCAAGCUCUUCAAGACGCUGGGCGUGAAGCCGCCCAAGGGGAUCCUGCUCUACGGCCCGCUCGGCACCGGCAAGACGCUGCUGGCGCGCGCCAUCGCGGCCGAGUCGGGCGCCAACUUCGUGGUCGUCAACGGGCCGGAGAUCAUGUCCAUGAUGGCCGGCCAGAGCGAGGACAACCUGCGCGAGGUGUUCGCCGAGGCCGAGGCCCAGGCGCCGUCCAUCAUCUUCAUGGACGAGAUCGACGCCAUCGCGCCCAACCGCGAGAAGACGCACGGCGAGGUGGAGCGCCGCGUCGUGUCCCAGCUGCUCACGCUCAUGGACGGCCUCCGCCCGCGCGCGCAGGUCAUGGUCAUCGGCGCCACCAACCGCCCCAACAGCCUCGACCCCGCGCUCCGGCGCUUCGGGCGGCUCGACCAGCUCAUCUACAUCCCGCUCCCCGACGAGGCGUCGCGGCUGCAGAUCUUCAAGUCGUGCCUGCGCCGGUCCCCGCUGUCCAGGCGCGUCAACCUCCCGGACCUGGCCCGCUCCACGGCAGGGUUCAGCGGCGCCGACAUCACGGAGAUCUGCCAGCAGGCAUAUUUGUUCAAUCUUUUCUCAAACAUGAAAGAUAUUGGUAUUGAUAUGAUUCUACGAAACGUGCCAAGAGCCGUGAAAGAAAUACAUAAACACGUACAAUGA